AUAAACACUCAACCAAGAAUACACGUGCUAAGCAAGAAGAGAGGUGCACACAGAUAGGGAGCUGUCUACGUACGUUUCCGUGUGGCAAUACAUUGGACAAAAACAUAUCAGAUCGAGCUUAUACCAUAUCAAAAGCCAUCAUGAGCGUAUCCAAAACCUCUAAAAUGAUGAACUACCUGAACUACAGGAUGCGCAUCUCGUUACAAGACGGGCGCACAUUCAUCGGCACCUUCAUGGCCUUUGACAAACACAUGAACCUCGUCCUCGGCGACUGCGAAGAGUCCCGCAGGUUAAAGGGGACCAAAGCCUCGAAAGCACCCCAGCGCGAAGAGAAGCGCACACUCGGACUAGUAAUUCUGCGUGGUGAGAAUAUCGUUUCCUUGUCCGUAGAAGGUCCCCCCGUACAAUCUGAUACACGCGCCCAAGCCAUAGCUCCCACUGGGCCUGGAACCGGUCGAGCAGCCGGAAGGGGUAUGCCUGUGGCUCCUAUUGCACAUGCAUCUGCACCUGCUGGACUUUCUGGGCCCACUCGAGGCGCCGCCUCAGCCCCAACACAGGCAAUGCAGCCCUCACAAGCACCUGGGAGUGGCAAUAUGGGACCGCCUCCCGGUAUGAUGGGGGGUAUGAGACCUCCAAUGGGUGGUAUGGGACCUCCUCCAGGUAUGAUGCAGCCUCCUCCAGGUAUGAUGGCACCGCCUGGUAUGGGCCCACCCCCUGGCAUGCGACCCCAGUACCGUGGACCUCCUCCACCUGGGUAUAACAAUCAGUUCCCGCCCAGAGGACCCGCACCCAGAUGAGUUAUAUGAAAAGAGUAUUAGGCGCUGAAUAUGAAUGGAGGAUGGGCUAGUGAAAUAGUAGAAUUGUAUUGUAUGUUGUUGUAGAUAAAACAGAUAUUUAGAGUGGUUCUGGAGGCAUUCUUUAGGCGGUUGUCGAGAUGUAUAGUUGACGCAACUGAGAGAGUUGCUUAACAUUGUUCAUCUUCUAUAUAUAUAUAUGGGGAUAUAAGGAUAGGAACGCAGCGGAACACAUUGGUGUAAUUGUUGUCCUGAUCCUGAAUGUAUUUAUCGGCUAUACUGCGGAUUUAGAAUUUCAGACAGUUGUAUGAACCCCGAAACAGUGCAGUAUCCCCUUCUCCUUGUCUGGUGGUAUGGCACUUCGCAUAAGAAUACGAAGAAGAAAACACUAAGAGAGGUAUUGGUGAUUAGGGAGGUUUCUUAGGGUUCGACACUUCUGACUGUCUCGGUCUACGCUUUGUGUGUGCGUCCACCGUAUAUAUGGGUCAUGCAUAUACGUGUACGAGAUCAACUGUUGCGUUUAUAUGUACAUAUAUAUGCAAUAGCGUAUAUGUGUACAUUGAUAUACAAUAGCAUAUCGAACACCGGUUCGGUCGGCAGUGCAAGGAGCGUUGGAUCUAGUAUUCCACAUGGUUACUGUGCACUAAAGCUCGAGAUCUGGAUGGGAUUUCUGUACCCGACCACAACCCAAAGGUACAAAUAUUUUUCUUAUUAAACCUUAUGUAUGUAUGGUCAUGUAUGAUACUUAAUUUUCCCAUACCCGGCCUUCGAGGUGUGAAAUAACUAAUCAGCGC